GGUGAGCGGAUGAUGUCACCGCUUGGUCAGAAUUUCGGCAGGGCUUCCCUCAACCUUCGGGCAGCGCGGAUGACUCAUCCUUUCGUUUGGUGCCACAGCGCUAACACCACGAGCGACUUGGCUCCGUAGUCGUCGUCUGCUUGCGCCCGCCCACGAACGCCAGCGCGUAUCCAGCAGCUUUCUCCAUCGUGGUGAAGGAGUCGACGUCGUCGCCAUGUACUGCGCGACGAGCGAGUCAGCCGAUCUGCGGCUUUCCGUCGCCGAUAUCCUGUCGUCGAUGGCCAAUGGAGUACCCGAACCACCGGCAACAACUACGUAUUCCACAUUUUCGGGUGUCACCGGGAUCCCCACACGCACCACUGCCACGCUAACGCCUACUACCCUGAAAAACAUAGAGGAGUCGUUCAUGGAGUACCAGAGGAUCCCUCCAGCACCAGUGGAGCACCAACACCAGGCAGGCUUUGUGCCUCCAGUAGUCAACAUUGCUCAGUACCAGCAGCAGCAACAGCAGCAGCAGCAACAGGCUGCCCCUUUCUGGUCGCAGCAGCAGCAGCCCGGGAUGGUGACCAUCAAGCAGGAGGUGGAAGACGACUGGCUUCCCCCGAGCACUACCCCACAACAGCUGGAACAGCAGCUGCAGCAAAUUUCUCAGGAGAUCAACAACGCGCCCACACCGUCCCCACCCAUGCCCCCCAAACCAGCCCGCACCGGUGGCGGCCGGAGGCCCAACAGGAAUGAAAAGCUCAGCCCCGAAGAGGAAGAGCGACGACGGAUCAGGAGGGAGCGAAACAAAUUGGCAGCAGCACGUUGUCGGAAGCGGCGGAUGGACCACACAAACAGCCUCAUAAAGGAAACGGAAGAGCUCGAAGACGCCAGAAGCAAACUUCAACAGGAGAUGGCUGCGCUGCGGAACGAAAAGGAGAACCUAGAGUUUCUCCUCGAAGCUCACAAGGCAAGCUGCAAGAUGCCGCACGUGAAGUCCAUAACCACCACCGCCUCCACAAUGAGUGCGCUCCCGCAGCAACGCCCCCAGCACCUCCCCAUCGUAACCUCCGCCGAUUCGGGCCACAUUCGCAACAACCACAAGCUUCCGAAUGCCCCCGGCCGAGCCCCCAAGUUUUCCCGGCCCAACUCGCUCGCCGUUACCUCAGUGUUCACGAACUCUGACGGGAGCAGUGCCCUGAACAACGGCAGCAGUGUUCCGGCGUCGUGUCCCUCGCUGUUGACCGAAGUCGCCGGCGUGCCCAUCCAGACCCCUUCGGCCGGCAUGUACAGUUUUGAGUCCAUCGUCGAAGGCACCGGAGCGACGCCCACGGGAACGACGCCGCUCACGUUUUCACCGGUGACGACGUGUGCCGGGCAGCAGCGCAACAGCAACGGAGACCUGUCCAGUCCCGACAGCAUGAACCCCCCCAAGCUGGUGUCGCUCUGACCCCCCCGGAGUUAAAACACCGUGCAUCUUGGGGAGAGCUAUGGCCUGCCCUCCAACCUAGCCUCUCUUGGGGCUGCAUGGCACCACUAGUUCAUCUUUCUCCGAGUGACGUCGCUCAGAACUGGUCACGGUGUGACAUGUACCGUGCGCAACAUCGUCAUCCUCUCAUGCUGGGACUUGACCUUUAUGUCCAUAUACUGGGACAUGUUUGAUGUGAUGCACCUGUAGGGAACUGGCUGCUCUGUUUAAUUUUUUCGCAAGGUACUUACGGCGACAGUGGGCGGUGCCCUCAUUUAUACUAAGGAUAGAAAAAAAAAAUAUCGCCAGCUUCCAGAACAUAACUUGCUGCUGUAGUUCUCAGCAGUGGGAUAUAUCUCCUCUGCAUCACACACUGCCUGUGCCUUCAAAAGCAAUGUUUGUUCCUUUGUUUCUUUUGUAAGCUUCAAAUGAUUUUUCUUUGAUGAGGUUGCUAAAUGAGAUUGUAUGUUGUGUAAAAUUGACUGUGUUUUUCCAUACUUGAGUGACUUUCCAGAUGCCACACCAAGAAUUAUUUCUGUAUGUGUAAAGGUUUGUUUUAAAAUGUGUCAUUAUUCUGAACCUUUUUACCGUAUUGAUUCCAUUGCUCACUGUCCAAGCUAUUUUUGAUGACCAAAAUUUUCUAGGUAUAAGUGCAGUUCGCAGCUGCGUCCACCUGACAGGACUGCGCGCUCAGGUGGAGACGUGUCCUUUGGUGCUUAGUCGUGGCACUUGCCAACACCGUUGAACAUUGCGUCCUCGUAGAGCAGUUAGUUCCCUGGUGACAGCCUGUGGGGCACUAUAAUUCUCAGCAGAUUUUUUUUGAAAUGUUUGUUGGCAGUGCAUUGUUAGACCAAGCUGUUGCUGUAAAAGGAAGUCAGUACAGUUGCUCCAGUCAAACACCAUUCCUCAAGUGUUGCACGUUGAUGCAGAUCACCUUAGUUGGACUGGUUGUGAAGUUUGGGGAUCGGGGUACCAAGAGUUUCAAACAGCCAUGGAACUCGUGUGUGAUGAUUCUUACUAGGAGCCACUUAGAAACUGUACGCUAGGCUGCAAGUUUUGAAUUUGCUCAACAAGUGUAUUCUUGUCGCCUCAAAUGUGCCAUGCCAGAGUGGUCUUGUCACUGUUGGGUUUCUGGAAAAUAAUCUCAUUUUUGGUGUGUUAAGAGGUCUGCCUCUGGUUGUCAUUUGCUUGUAGCAUGCCUGGACAGUUACACACACCUGGAUUGCGAUAGUAGCAUUCUGUAAUGGUGCACAGAAUCGCAGACAAGUUUCAAGCUGUAGAUUCUAAAGGCAUUGGGUGUCAAAAGUUUAUGGGCAUUGACAUUGGUACCAUUUGGUAGGGCUCUUUUCUUCUAAUCGCUCAAACUAAACGUAAGGUGCUGUGCGCAUGACGAUACUACGUCCUAUGCUAUGCAGUAACUAAAAGAUAUGCACACUUCAGUCUUUCAUCAUUUAGCUUCGACUGUGAGUGCAUGCAGAAGGGUGUAGUGUGUCUACUACCUGGAAUGAAUUUUCGUGAAGAGGUUUUACGCAUAGAGCCAAUGAGAAAAAGCUUGUUAGCUGUGGAAAAAAAAAAGGUUUUAGGAUAGAAUUGCGGGUCAAGCCAGCAGCUGUAGUCUUGGCAUGGCACGCGCGAGUGUUGAAUCCAAUGCAUAAUGCCAAAACAUUUUCAGAUAAUCAUAGCCACAGGUUGAGCAUUUCGGAUCAUUCGUGCUGUGCGACAUUGUCGCCAUGCACCUAGUCUUGUUUUUAUUGCAGUUCAUUGUGCGAGUGAAUGGGUGUACUCACGACCAUUAAAGCAAUAUGGGAUAGAUCGUUCCAUCACAUUUUGUGAACGCUUGGGAUCGAAUAUUUUUAGGUGUGCGCAAUUCUCGACAUCAGAGUGGAAACCUGUUUAACCUGGAUGAAAUCGAAAAUUAGAGAUGCAAAAUCCAUUGUGUGUCUCUUAUGUUAGGUCACCUAAUGAAAUGUUCCGAGUACGUGAAGUUCUGAUGCGAGCUGACUGAGGCCACAUGUUGCACUCAUUUGACCAGCAGAAAGCGGAUGUCCAUCUUAAACAGGUUUCGUUGUACUUAAGAUAUUGUGAGAACAUUGUGCGCCUUUGUUUUCUUAUACGAGCAUAUGUGAGCGUAUGUGAUGAUGGGGAUCCAUGUACUGAUCUUCAAGGGGGAGGGGGGGCCGGGGUAUUACUUUUAUUCUGAUGUCAUACUACCGGCUUUUAACUGCAUUAUUGUCUCACGCGAUAUCAUGUGCAUUUCUGCUUGCGCAGUGGAUGUUGCAAGCGGUUCUGUUUCGACGCGACACUCCCGUGAAUCUCGUAAAGAUGUUUCUUAAGAUUGUACGCAGCUUGUAUGCAUAUUGAAGGUUGCCUAUGCAUGCAUUCUUGCAUGUACGUUACGCCCGUGAAAGAUUAUAUCAGCAAAUACCUUGACUUGCAUGCCUCCCUAGCCAAUGCAAGUAUUCUUCUAAAAGUGCCACACGCUUGUGCAUGGUCUUAUAGUCUAUAUUUUCUAUACAAAACUUAUAUUAAUGAUUACAAUAAUAUAUUAUAACAUAUAAUGCUAUUUUAGACGACACAGCAAUAAUGCCGUUUUAUAUCUGCACAACAACAGCGAAUGUGACGCGUGGUUGUAGUUCUUUGUCGUUGCAGAACACAAUGCUCACAACUCUCAAAUUAUGCACUUUGGUGAGAAUGUCGAUGAAGGUAUGUUUCACCUGCUUGUAUCUGCAGCUCCGAAUUGUACCAAAGACUGCUUGUGCCGAACAGAACCAUUCAUUUGCUUUUCUUUUGUUUUGCUGGCGUUUGUUGUUUUGUUUUGAGUUGUUACAUCCGGAGUCACUCACUGUGCUGUGUUUUUAGUUUGUUUUUGUUAUAGGUUAUUUAUUAGCCUUGAACUAAUGUUCUCGGCUGCCUUGUUUCUUUCGUUGAGCUUAUGCCUUUUUUUUUUCUGUGGUUCUGAAAUGGCACACAGCAAUGGAGUGUUUGAGAAUCAUGUUCUGCCAUACAUUUUAUUGUUUUAGUUACAUAUUGUCUUUCAUGUUGCAUUUAAAAGUGACGAGAUUCAUGGUGUGUGCGUGCCUGCUUUAUCGCUUAUUAAGCCGAAAUAAAAAGAAUGUUUCAUAUUUUUAUACCUGCAA